AAAUCAUAGUAAUGAUUAAAAUAGUGCACCCUUUUAACUGCUUUAAUUACUUAUCGAUAGUGUUUUAAAUAACAUAUCCGUUAUUACAUCUAUUCAUUAAGUACUUGUUUGUUGUGCGAUGCAGUUUUAAUAGAAUCAUUUUACAAUAAACUUCAAAAAGCUUCAGUAGAAUAACUUAAAACAAAAAAACAAGCAAAGACAUGUUGUUAGUAACAAUAUGUUUUGUUGUCAUACGGGUUGCAAAACCACUUUGAAGUCCAUUACUUUUAAUUGAGGAUGAACGAUGAAUAUGAAUAUUCCAUACGAGAGCGAUAAUAUUCCCCAUUUAAUAUUGAUUAAAUCCUCGUAACGAAAGAAGAUAAAUACUAUUGGGUUAUUAAUAUUGAUGUAGUAUGUUAACUUAAAGUUGAUUUUAUGAAUGACAAAGGCGUUUUAAUUGGGUCAAAUGCCAAGUAUAUAUUUUCCGGAGAUAGUUUUUUGUUCGUUAUUCAUGUUGACAAGUCUCUAGUGAUAUCAGAUGCACAAUUGAAUAAUUUUUUAUUACGUUAAAACUGCAUGUGGUAACAUGGAUUCAUUAACUUUAAACAGUAUGAAAUUCAUAGGAAAACUGAAAGCAGGUGUGAAUAAGCGACGGACGAGGAUGAGUUACUUUUGUACGCUGUGUAAAAGGGACUUCAAGGAUCCUCGACUCCUCAACUGUUACCAUUCUUUCUGUAGAUUUUGUUUAGAUGAGUAUCUGAUGGUCAACUAUGAGGAUGGAAACUUCCCAUGUCCACUUUGUAAAGAGAUGAACAUUGUUCCUGUCAAUGGAGGUAGAGGUUUACCGAAAAACCAAUACAUAAAGAUCAGUGACAGUAGCUGUCCAACAAACUGUGACCUUUGCGAACAUAGAAUAAAAGCAGAUUCGGUAUGCAGAGAUUGCAAUAAAAAUUUGUGUAAAUCUUGUCUUAUAAACCAUAUAAGUAUGCAAGGAUCUAGAUAUCAUAAUGUCAUAAGUCUAGGGAACGGACGAGAACAGAUAAGGACAUGUUCUAUACACACAAAGGAAGAACUUUUAUACUAUUGUGAUACAUGCGAGAAACCUAUUUGUAACUCGUGUAACACAACGGAACACAAAACUCAUCGCAGUAAAGAUAUUGCAAGUAUGGCUACCAUUUUGAGAGAGCAACUUGGAACAUCGCUGAAAAGGGUCACAUCGAAUACGGAUGCGACUGACUUUCAAAAUAAAGUUGCUGAACAGAAACGAAAAAUCAAAGCGUAUCAAGAAGAUGUUAUCGCCAUGAUUGAUGAACGGACGAAAGAAUUACAUAGACUAAUUAAUGAGAUACGCGGCGAAUUUGUAAGGAAAGUUGUUAACGAAAAUGAAGAAAACAUGAAACAACUAGAAGAUAAUAUGAACACUCUGAACACGAAUGUAGCUGCAAUUGAAGAACUUCUAAAGUUGGGAAAUAUAUUUUUACAACACGCCUACAAUAUAGAUAUUGUAGUCCAUACACCGAAACUUCAGAGACAAUUUGAGAAAUUACAGAGAAUGGACGUUCAAAUUUCGGAAAUUAAGCUUAAAAACUUUUAUCCAUCGCAAACUGGCAUUACAGAUUUUGAAAUAGAGAAAAUAUUUGGAAUAUUUGAUAAAUUGAAUAAAAGACCAAAACACAUUCAAUCCAUUUCCAGGCUUUCAGAAUUUCGUCGUUCCUACUCCGACGAAGAUCACCGAAUUAAUUCAAUUCGCUCACGUCGUUCAUUUGAUGUGUCAUCUUCUACACGCAGUAAAAAAGCAUUCUGGUGUUCAGAAGGUACAGUUACUGGCCUGACAUUACUACGAGACGGGUCUGUUUGUGUUUGUCUCGGAGGUGAAGGUAUUCUUGAAACCUUUACCACAACCGGUCUUCGAAUUGGACACCAGAACUUCCAUCAUCCAAUUGACGAUUUAGUUGCAGCCAGAAAUGGAUCUCUUUAUAUUAGUUCAAACUCAGAGAAAAGAAUAUUCAAACUUGUAAAAGAAAUUAAGGAGACAUUUGCUGAGACACGUUCUUGUGUACGGGGACUUGCAAUUGAUUUCGACGAGAAUUUGAUAACUGGAAUGACAGAAAAAGGUACUUUCUUCGACAGGCACCAAGUUGGAUAUGUCACUGAAAUAUCAAAGACACAUAAGAUUAAGAGAGUAGUUAAAGACAGCAAAAUCAGGUAUCCAGCUAGAAUUGCGAUUGGUCAAGAUCGACGCAUUGUCGUUUCUGAUUGGAUACAACUUUCUGUCUUUAUCUGUAAUGGGGACAGAAUUAUUGGAAAUUAUUCUGGUAAUGUUGACUCAGAAAAGGAAUUCAUACCACGUGGAGUUUGUUGUUUUGAAAAUGGUGACAUAGUUGUUGUAGACAUUUCUACAAACUGUCUUCACUGGCUUUCACCUGAAGGAAGACUUCGACGGGUUGUGUCCCUUGAGGAUCAAGAGGCUUGGAGUGUAACAGCCGAUCAAAAUUAUACUGUCUGGGUAGGCACAAACAAUGGUUAUGUUUUCCCGGUUGAACUACUAAGUUAAUACUUUAAGGGGAAAAAAUUGAACUCAAUAUAUACAUGUAUUACUAUAAAUUUUCACUUCGUACUAUGAACAUCAAAAUUAUAUAUUUUGUAAAAAUAUUUCCUUUCUCUAUUUGAACUGUACACGUAUACCUAACAACAAAAUUAUUUUCAUUUACCUGUGUUUAAAGUAAUUGCAAAUGGCUGAUAUUUUUGUUCGAGCAUAUUGUUUUUCUUGAAUUGUAAAUGGCUGAUAUUUUUGUUCGAACAUAUUGUUUUUCUUAAAUUGUUUAACAUUUCACAGCGGUAUAACAUGUUACUUUUAUUAUUCUUCCCUUAGCUUAUUUAUUUUGUAUUUACAUUGUAUCAUAGAUCAAAUUUAUUUGUUCAGUGUAUGUUCACUGGUGUUAAUAUGUUCUUUGAGUGAGUUAAUAAAGCCAUUUCAGUUGAUA